UACAAUUCAAUAACUUUUGUAUUGACGUAAUGUAUGUCUCAUUCAAUGCAUUGAUGUCUUGGACUAAGCGAUUGAAAGAGCCGUCAAAACAAUGGAUGAGUCGGUUGAAGAUCAGGACAAAUGGCUAUACAGUGAAUCCGCUGCACAAAGUGGUCAACAAUUAGAUGACAAUGUAUCUCAAGAUCAACAACAAAGUGAUGAUUUGUCGCACAUCUUUGACAAUCAGUCAUCAGAUGGCUUCAGACAACUAUACGAAGUGCAGAAUACUUUGGCUGACGAUUCUUCGACUGCAAUAAAAGAGGAGAAAGAUUAUGACUUUGAAUCAAAUGAAAAGGAAAUAAACGCCGAAACAAAUGAUACGAACGAUGGCGAAGAAGAAGAAGACGACGAUGAAGAUGAUGAUGACGACGACGAUGACGUUCAGGUGACUAUUGGCGACAUUAAGGCCAACACAUCGGCGUUUCCUUACGGAUCAGCGCCGAUGAACAUCAAUAUAACCAAACGAAAUGCCAACUUUGCUUCGGGACAAACGAGUUCUGUUAAUAAACCGAAAGCCGGUCUCGAUAUUGACGCCGUCGGUACUUUUAAUGGCGUUUCAAUAUACGACGUGAAUUUGGACAGUCUUGAAGAGAAACCGUGGCGUAAACCCGGCGCUGAUAUAACCGAUUAUUUUAAUUAUGGUUUUAAUGAAGAAAUGUGGAAAUUGUAUUGUGAAAGACAAAAGAAACUAAGAAAUCAUGAUUUCUUGACGAAUGGCACGACACAGAACACUACUAAUAGACCGACACCGAGUACUUCAGGCACUCAACCCAAUGCACCCGAAAGGACCGGAAAACCCGGAACUUCUGAACAAUCAAUACCUAUUGCAUCUGUCAAUGAGAAUUCAAAAUAUACGGGACUCGGUCCGACCAAAAAGGCCGGUCCUCCUCCUGGACGAAAACAGUCGGGUGCUAUAGAGGUUAUAGGAGGUGGAGCUGCUAACACUCCAUCAAUGCUCCCCAGUCGUAGACCACCUGAUACUAAAGAAAAUUUUAUACAAGUAAUUGGUAAUCGCCCACCUGGUCCUCCAGGCCCUCCUCCACCUGGAAUACCACCAGGUAUGCCAUUUCCUCCAAUGUCAAUGCCACCUCCAUUUGGGUUUCCGCCGCCACCGGGAGUUGACUUUCCUCCUGGUAUACCUCCGCCCGGAAUGCCACUACUUGGUCCCAAUGGGCAACCAUUACCCUUUCCGCCGGGAGACUUUCCACCACCACCAGGAAUGCGUUUUCCACCUCCUAAUAUUAUGCACCCGAAUUUUGAAGAACAAAGUGAUGGAUAUCAUGAAGGUAUGAGUGGUGACGGCAAUGAUGACAGAGAUCGUGACAGAGAUAGAGAUCGCGAAAGAGAUUACCACCGAUCAAAUCGAUAUAAUCGUGAGUUUAGAGAUGAUGACUCAUUUAGAGGUGGCAGAAGUCACUAUCGGGAUCACAGGGAACACGUAGGGGACAGGGAUUACGAAAGAGAACAUCACGAGAGGUCACGAGAUCGCGAACCAGACAAAGACUACGAAAGUCGUAGACAUCGUGACAGAGAUAAGGAUAGAGAGCGAGACAAAGAAAGAGAUCGAGGAGACAGAGAAUCGUCCAGAAGAAGACAUCGUGAGGAACACUAUGAUGAAGACGAUCAUAACAGCACCCGAUCCUCGAGACAUAAACACAGCAAAAGAUCUAAAAGAGAUAAAGAAGAGGAUGAAGGAAAAGAAAGCAAACAUUGAAACUAUUGUACAGUAAAUACAUAUUUGUCAUCAUUUUUAUAAACGGCUGUUAUUUUGUAACAAACAUUAGACUUAUUCGUGUAAAUUACCCUUUUACCCCGUAUAAUCAUACAUGUACCAUUAAGUGAAUUUAGGAAAAGGGGUGUACCAUUAUCCGGGUAAUGGUACACUGUUUUUAAAGUAAAGUAAGAAACAGUAAACUAUUUUAUGAGUUUAUAUUAAUGUAUUAUAAAAUGUACCUAAAACUGUAAAAUAAGCUAAAAACUGAAUGACUACAGAAAAAACAAUAGUUUUUAAACUAAAUAUCAUAAACAGCGGUAAUAUUAUUGAUAGUCAACAUAAUGAAGACCCGACUGGUAUUUCAGAUACUGAAUCAGAUAUUGAAGACAUUAAUGAGACAAUUGAUUUCGAAGAAAAUUAAAAAAAAAUUAAAACUUAAAUUAAUUAAAUGUAAUGUUUUGAAUGAAUACAAUAAUAAUAAAUGGUUAUAAUUAGUUUUGUAUGUACCGUAAUUCACUUAAUAGUACAUGUACCUUUAUGUCGGUAACAGUCUUGGGGUGUACCAUUAUCCGGAUAAUGUUACAUACAUUUACCCCAUUACCAUAUUUUCCUAAAUUCACUUAAUGUUACAUGUAUGAUUAUACGGGGUA